AUUCACAUCUCUCUCUCUCGAUCUGUAUAUCUAUCUAUCAACAUAUAUAUAUAUAUAUAUAGUUUUGAGUCAGAUCAGAUCUAUAUUAAAGUGUAGAUCUGGUAUUUCUUGGUAGAGUUUGCCGAAAAUGUCAGGCGCUGCUUCCUUGGACAUGACCCUGGACGACCUCAUCAAGAACAACAAGAAAUCCGGAGGAGGAGGUGGUGGUGGUGGUGGUAACUUCAGAGGCAGAGGUCGCUCCUCCUCCGGUCCUGGCCCUGCUCGUCGCUUCCCCAACCGUGGUGCCAAUCGACCUACUCCCUACGCCACCGCCCCCAAGGUGGUUCAAGCACCGGAUUCGAGCUGGAAGCAUGACAUGUUUGGUGCGGAUCAGGGAGGGAUGGCCUAUCCAGGUCAAGCAGCUGGUGGUGGUAGAGCCUCUUCCAUAGAAACCGGAACCAAGCUUUACAUAUCCAACUUGGAUUAUGGCGUCUCCAACGAGGACAUCAAGGAGCUCUUUUCAGAGGUUGGUGACCUCAAACGAUAUUCAAUACAUUAUGAUAGGAGUGGGAGAUCAAAGGGAACAGCAGAAGUUAUCUACUCUCGACGACAGGAUGCUUUAGCAGCUCUCAAGAGGUACAACAAUGUGCAGCUCGAUGGGAAGCCGAUGAAAAUUGAGAUUGUGGGGACAAACAUUGUGACUCCUGCUGUGCCUCCAUCUUCAAAUGGUUCUUUUGGAAAUUCAAAUGGGGUUCCAAGAAGUGGACAAGGAAGGGGUGGCCUAACGGGAAGGAUUCGUGGCGGCAACAGUGGAGGCCGUGGAUUUGGGAGGGGGCGCGGACGGGGAAGAGGCCGUGGUGAGAAGGUGUCAGCAGAAGAUCUUGAUGCAGAUUUGGAAAAGUAUCACUCAGAGUCAAUGCAGAUCAAUUGAAGGAAUCUGUUAUUUUUAUCACCUGGCACUUUACUCCUGCUGUAUCCAUUGUGUGCUUGAUCAUGCAAUAAUCUCAACUAGUUUGUGUAUUUCAAUCAUCCAACUCUUUUAAGAGUAACAAGGAAGAAAAAUACCGGUACAGAAACUGUUAGAACCUUGGUUAAUGGAGCUUGGGCUUUUACUCUUGUUUGUUCCUUUCAUCUGGGUAUGUUACAUCGGUCAGUGUGCUGUUGUAUGUAUUCUGAGUCACAGCAUUUUGGCUUCUUUAGCUACUUUAGUCGUCCUUUAUUCAUUCCA